AGCAAGGAUGAAAGCCUGCAUCCAGUGAGAGAGAAAGAUAGAGACAGAGGUUAGAAGCGAGAUAGGCACAGAAAGAGAUUAACAGGAUCAGGCCUUACGGUCUCACAGCCAGAGCAGUUUGUUGUGACAGAAAAAUUGUACGUUGUCUCACGUGCUGCUAUACAAAGCUCCCAUAAACGUGCAACACAGCCUGUUUUCCAUUGGAUCUGCUCAUUGUUCGACUAGACUGCAGAGGAACUUUCUGGCCUGUUGUGCACUGUGAUAUCUGCCAAUCUCUACUUAGCUGGGACUGAAUCUGGAUUCAUCUGGACAAGAUGAUCCUGUGUUGUGGAGCGUCCAGAGCGUUCCUGCUCUUCAGGAGGAGGGUUGGCAUAUCCUCUCGUUUUGCCCAUUUGGCUCCCCUAAGCACGGAGUAUCGACCAAUCAAAAAGGUCAUGGUGGCAAACAGAGGUGAAAUAGCCAUCCGGGUGUUCCGGGCAUGCACAGAACUUGGCAUCCGGACAGUGGCUGUCUAUUCAGAGCAGGACACCGGACAGAUGCACAGACAGAAGGCUGAUGAAGCUUACCUGAUCGGGAAAGGCCUGCCCCCUGUUGGAGCUUAUCUACAUAUCCCUGACAUCAUCAAAGUAGCUAAGGAAAACAACGUAGACGCCAUCCACCCUGGUUAUGGGUUUUUAUCCGAGCGGUCGGACUUUGCCCAGGCCUGUGCUGAUGCUGGGGUGAGAUUCAUUGGUCCUUCCCCAGAGGUUGUCCGCAUGAUGGGGGAUAAAGUGGAAGCUCGUGCUCUUGCCAUGAAAGCAGGUGUUCCAGUGGUUCCUGGGACGAACGCUCCAAUCUCCUCUCUACAGGAGGCUCAUGAGUUCGCUAAAACAUACGACUUUCCCAUCAUCUUUAAAGCUGCGUAUGGAGGAGGGGGCCGUGGCAUGAGGGUGGUCAGAGGAUACGAGGAACUAGAAGAGAACUAUCACAGAGCACAUUCAGAGGCUCUCGCUGCGUUCGGUAAUGGUGCUCUGUUUGUUGAAAAGUUCAUCGAGAAACCACGACACAUUGAAGUGCAAAUUCUUGGUGAUAAAUAUGGAAAUGUUAUUCAUCUGUAUGAGAGGGAUUGUUCCAUCCAGAGAAGACAUCAGAAAGUCGUGGAGAUCGCACCUGCUGCCAAGCUGGAUCCUAAACUUCGAGACAGACUCACCUCAGACUCUGUCAGCCUGGCUAGACAGGUAGGCUACGAGAAUGCAGGCACAGUGGAGUUCCUCGUGGACAAACAUGGAAAACACUACUUCAUCGAGGUCAACUCUCGCCUACAGGUGGAACACACUGUUACCGAGGAGAUAACUGAUGUGGAUUUGGUGCACGCCCAGAUCCGCGUGUGUGAAGGCCGCAGUCUCCCUGAGUUGAGUCUCGAACAGGACAAGAUCCGCAUCAAUGGUUGUGCCAUUCAGUGCCGGGUCACCACAGAAGACCCCGCCCGAGGUUUUCAACCUGACACAGGUCGCAUAGAGGUGUUUCGCAGUGGAGAGGGUAUGGGCAUACGUUUGGACAGCGCGUCUGCAUUUCAAGGGGCCAUCAUCUCACCUCACUAUGACUCACUGCUGGUCAAAGUCAUCGCCAGUGGCAAAGAUCUCCCCUCUGCUGCGACUAAAAUGCACAGAGCUCUUUCAGAAUUCAGAGUGCGAGGAGUUAAGACUAAUAUACCCUUUCUGCAGAAUGUACUGAGUAAUAGCCAGUUCCUGUAUGGCACAGUGGACACACAGUUUAUUGACGGGAAUCAGGAUCUGUUCAUCCUCAAGCCUACACAGAACAGAGCUCAGAAACUUCUGCACUAUCUGGGUCACAUCAUGGUAAAUGGACCCAUAACUCCAAUUCCAGUCAAAGCCAAACCUUCAUCUGUUGAUCCAGUCGUUCCACCCGUUCCUCUGGGUGAGCCGCCCAUGGGCUUCCGUGACGUCCUGUUGAAGGAGGGUCCCGAGGGGUUUGCGAAGGCCGUUCGACAGCACCAGGGUCUGCUCCUGAUGGACACCACCUUCAGAGAUGCCCACCAGUCUCUUCUGGCCACUCGCGUCAGGACGCACGACCUCAAGAAGAUCGCCCCCUUUGUGGCUCACAACUUCAAUAAUCUCUUCAGCCUGGAGAACUGGGGAGGAGCUACAUUUGAUGUAGCAAUGCGUUUUCUCUGGGAGUGUCCAUGGAAGAGACUGCAGGAGCUCAGAGCUCUAACACCCAACGUCCCCUUUCAGAUGCUUCUACGUGGAGCUAAUGCUGUGGGAUACACUAACUACCCCGAUAAUGCUGUGUUUAAAUUCUGUGAGGUGGCCAAAGAGAACGGAAUGGACAUCUUCCGUGUUUUCGACUCAUUGAACUACAUUCCCAACAUGCUUUUGGGUAUGGAAGCAGCUGGUGCGGCAGGGGGCGUGGUGGAAGCGGCCAUUUCUUACACGGGAGAUGUUUCUGACCCCAUGAGACAGAAAUAUACUCUGGACUACUAUCUGGAGCUGGCCGAUGAGCUGGUCAAGGCUGGUACACACGUACUGGCCAUUAAGGACAUGGCUGGCCUGCUGAAGCCUGAAGCCAGCCGCUUGCUGAUCGGAGCGUUGCGGGAUCGUUUCCCUGACGUUCCCAUCCAUGUCCACACUCAUGACACGGCGGGCGCGGGAGUGGCUGCUAUGCUGGCCUGCGCGGAAGCGGGGGCUGAUAUAGUAGACGUGGCGGUGGACUCGAUGGCCGGCAUGACCUCUCAACCGAGCAUGGGCGCCAUCAUAGCCUGCACGAAAGGAACAAAACUUGAUACUGGAAUAUCCCUUGACAAGGUCUUUGACUACAGCGAGUAUUGGGAGGUGGCUCGUGGUCUGUACGCUCCCUUCGACUGCACCGCCACUAUGAAGUCUGGUAAUGCAGAUGUUUAUGAAAAUGAGAUCCCAGGUGGUCAGUACACCAACCUUCACUUCCAAGCCCACAGCAUGGGUCUGGGAAACAAGUUCAAGGAGGUGAAGAAAGCCUACGCUGAAGCCAACAAACUGCUGGGAGACCUCAUCAAAGUGACUCCCUCGUCUAAGAUCGUGGGUGAUCUGGCUCAGUUCAUGGUGCAGAAUAAUCUUACCCGGGCUGAGGUGGAGGAGAGGGCAGACGAGCUCUCUUUCCCGCUAUCGGUUGUGGAGUUCCUGCAAGGACAUAUCGGAAUACCAUACGGAGGCUUUCCUGAGCCCUUUAGGUCAAAGGUGAUCAAGUCGCUACCUCACAUGGAAGGUCGUCCAGGGGCUUCUCUUCCUCCGAUGGACUUCACGGCUCUCGAAACUGACCUGCGAACCUCACACGGUAAUGACAUCACCCAUGAAGACGUGAUGUCGGCAGCCAUGUACCCUAAAGUCUUCCAAGAGUUUAAAGAGUUCACAUCAAACUUCGGGCCGGUGGACUGCCUCAAUACUCGCCUGUUUCUGGAAGGACCUAAAAUCGCUGAGGAGUUUCAGGUUGAGUUGGAGAGAGGCAAAACACUGCACAUCAAAGCUUUGGCCCUGGGUGACUUAAACAAGUCUGGUCAGAGAGAGGUGUUUUUUGAACUCAACGGACAGCUGCGUUCCGUCUUGGUCAAGGAUACAGCGGCGAUGAAGGAAAUGCACUUUCACCCUAAAGCCUUGAAGGACGUGCGAGGACAGAUCGGAGCUCCCAUGCCUGGUAAAGUGGUAGAAGUAAAGGUGAAGGAGGGCCAGAAAGUGGAGAAGGGUCAGCCACUCUGCGUCCUCAGUGCCAUGAAAAUGGAGAUGGUUGUCAACUCGCCACUCUCAGGCACCGUAUCCAAGUUGCACAUCAAAGUGGACAGCAGCCUGGAAGGAGACGAUCUGAUUUUAGAAAUAACAGAAUAAAUUUGAAAGGUUAUGUCAAAGGUAAACGAAGAUGGGAAACACAUAGCAGGCAGCGUGUAGGAUUUAGUUUUUACGUUUUUAAUGAUUCUGUAUAAUUUGAUGGACCUUCCAUGCUGGUUUCUGCCAUUAUGACCAGGUUUACACAUCAACACAGAAUUUCUUCGAAGGAGGUGCUGUAAUCGGUUUUUAGAUUUCGUACAUUUUCAACAUGGCGUACAAUUAUUGUGUCGUGAUUUCAGUCCCAGACCAAUUUACAACAUUUCAGUUUUGUUAUACCAGUCAAAACAGAUGUUUAAAGCUGAAGUGUUUAUUGCCUGUAACCAUAAACUGAAGCCUUUAUGAUUCACACUUUGGUAUUCAGUUUCAGUUCUAGUUAAUACACUGAGGAGACUCCCACUUGUGUCUUGUGAAUCCAGAUUUAUGACUUAUAGCCUCAAGGAAAGGAGGGCACAUUACAUCUAUAUUCCACAGAUUAUUUUACUUGAAUGAAUGAAUAAUAUAUAGGCUUAUUCCUAAGAAUUCUGUUGACAAUCGUUGAAUUUAUAUAUCAGGGUGUGUUUGGGAAAGAGAGCGAGAACGCUCAGUGCACAAUAUUUUCUGCAUGAAGUUUCAAAAGGAGCAGUUUGAUAUUGAUGUCAUGAUAGUGGAGAGUAAAAAUGCAUUUUAAAAUGUCUUAAAUAUUAAUACCUGCAGUAAUCUUGUAAAUGCAUAAGCACAUUAAAUUACAUUGUAUUGUGUUGUCAUGGCAACCUCAUUUUGCACAUGCUGCCAAAAGCAAUAAAGUUGAGUAAUUACAUACAAAAUGUUCCAA